AUGACAUUAUCACGGCCAUCAGAGGCGAUGGUCAGUCCCAAGAUAGCUACGUCGCCCGGUCCCAUCAACGAGGUCAGCGGCGCAGAUGCCCAACCACCGCUGCAACUUGUUGACAUCUCCAAGCUCACCAGCCGUUCCGCGGUGGUCCAAGCGCUUUCUAACCUCUCUAGCUACUCUGCAUCACUAGACGACGAGCUGGUAUCGCUCUUUGAAGAGUCGGAACCUGUCGUUGCCGACGCUAGGCGGUCCAUAUCCGGUUUGGCACCACAAGUUCAGCUUAUCCAGGAAGAAGCCGCCGUACUUGAUAAACGUCUUCAGAGCUCGGCGUCAGUUGCAAAACGCAUCUCGGAGCGCGUACGUCUGCUUGAUGAAGAAAGAAAGCGCAUCGCUCUAGCCUCAGAGUGGGCUGUUCGUGUUGCCGAGCUCAAAUCUUCCUUAAUCCUACUCGCUUCUGCCGUCGAGCAUCGAGAUUGGGACAUGGCCACCAUGCACUGCCGUCGAGCACUGUCCAUCGAUCCCGCUAUCCGCUCUUCUCAAUUCGCAGCAGCCGUCGUUCCGACGACCGACCUCCCCGACACGCCCGAAACCACCCUGCUCGAGCUUCGCAAGACCAUGCUCACUGCUUUCACCGACGCCUUUAUCCGAUCAACGCAGAAUAAGGACGAGAAGGAGGCAUCGCGCUUCUUCAAGCUGUUCCCACAGGUGGGUUGGAAGAAGGAAGGACUGGAAGUGUACAGUAGCUUUGCUCGCUCCAUGGUGCGUGAGAAAGGUCGCAGCAUCUCGGACUCGCUUGGAUCGGGUAAGGCGCAGCAUCCGACGCAUUUCGCUCUGCUGCUCACUUCGCUGUUUGAGCACUUGGCCAUGCUGAUUGACAUGCAUCAACCUGUCGUCGAUCGGCAUUAUGGAGAAGGUAAUUUCGCACAGGGCGUCAUGCCGGGAUUGCAAGAGGAGUGCGAUCGAUUAGGACACAGGAUCAUGGAUUCGUGGCGCGAAGAUCGCACAGUGCGAAGGAGGCUCGACGAAGUGCGGGCCUACCGGUUCACGGGCGCAGUGGUGGCGAACAAGACACAGCAAUCUACGUUCCGAGCAUCCUUUGGUGUUCCGGGCCGAACGGCGAGUCCGGCGGCGGGAUCAACGGCGAACAGCUCGUUCGAUGAGCCGGCAGGUCCUGACGGACGCGAAGUCGAUCGACUCUUGACCGAGUUAGCCGCCAUGUCGUCUCGAUGGGGAUUGUAUCAGCGCUUCUUGCAGAGUCGACUGGCACCAGAACAGCAAGACGCAGCGGGAGGCCAGACUAACCGGCAAAAGGCAUUGAAAGAUGAACGCGAAGCGCAAGCAGAUGAGCCGCUCAAGGACUUCCGCCGCACCUCUGUUGAUCGACGCAGCUCGAUCGCCUCCAGUGUCAGCGCUGCACUGCCCAACGGCGCAGACCAGAACGACGACGAUGAUGCUGCGGCUGCGGCUGAACCCAUCGACCACGCAGCCACAUCCAAAUUGGGCCAAGAAGUACUCGAGUCGAUGAAAACCACCUACGUCCCAAUGGAAACAUGGUAUCUCCGCAACUCGCUUGAAAAAGCCUUCCGCAUCGACCAGCCCGAUACCACCUCACGGCCCUAUACGUCUUCGAUCCUCGACGACGCGUUCUACGUCAUCCGCACCGUCUUGGCUCGUAUCCUCUCCACAGCUUCACUCAACACGCUCGACGAGAUGGUGCGAGCGGUCAAGACUGCUGUGGAACAAGACUACAUCGAAGUGAUCGUACGCAAGAUGGAGACACUCUGGCGAAGCGUUUCCGGUUCCAUGACGGUGGAUGGGCCACGCAAAGAUGCAGCGAGUCGAGAGAUGCGUACCGUCUUCAUCACCUAUCUCAACGUGCUCGAUGUGAGUUGUACUUACAUGACUCGGGUUCUGGCCGAAGUGGGACAUGAACCGUCGUUGGCGCGCUUGUUCGAGCCGACUGAGAUGGGUGAGGCUUUGGCCGCCGUGUCUAGCUUGUCACAGUUGGUGAACCGGAUGCGUUCAUCGUUACGGACCGAGAUCGAGCAUCUAUUCACGCAACUCACCGCACCGCGUUUGCGCGCGUUGCUGCUCGAUACCUAUCGCGAGGUAUCGUACGUGCUCGAUGAUGAAUCCUACUCGCAUGCCGAAGCGCGCGAUCUCGUCCGACGUCGAUUCGUAAAAUCCUGGGACCUGCUCUUCCACCAUUUCCGUGGCGCUUUCACCGAUACCAACUUCAACACCUAUGUGGGGAUGGCGCUCGAUGCACUGCUCAAACCGUGGGAAGCUCUGGUGAUGGGUAUGCGAUUUACCGAACUGGGCGCACUCAAAUUUGAUAAAGAUAUCAGAGCGAUCAUGGCCUUCCUAGAGUCGCAGACUACACUACCCGUGAGGGAGAGAUUUAGUAGGUUGCAACAGAUGAGUUAUGUGCUCAAUCUGGAUGGCGAUGAUGACGAGGGCGAUCUAUAUCAGAAUGCCGUGGCUUCGGGUGUCUCAUGGCGCUUGAGCAUGGCCGAGGUUCGAAGUGUAAGGGGUUUGAGGUUGUCGUAA